AUGUUCUCAGCUGGCUCUCAGGACAGAUGUCCCGAAUUCCCGGUUUUUCGUGUCCUUGAUUUUACGACGUCUCAUAAACCUAACAAGCCUGUCGGAGGUCUGGGAGCAGACGGAGAUCAAUCGAUUCCGAUGGAAGUGGGUAUGAUCAACGACGAAGUGGUUUCGAGUGGGUCGGGACACUCCGCACACGGACGAUCUAUAUCUCCAUCCCCAUCAACAGCGAGUCAUGGAGAUCCACUUCUUCCAGUGGCUGAGAACUGGUGCCAUACACAGGUGAAAGUGGUUAAGUUCAACUAUAUGUGGACAAUUAACAAUUUCUCAUUCUGCCGGGAAGAAAUGGGCGAAGUGCUGAAAUCUUCCACUUUCUCAGCUGGUUGCAAUGAUAAACUGAAAUGGUGCUUGAGAAUCAAUCCAAAGGGACUUGAUGAAGAAUCUCGAGACUAUCUUUCGCUUUAUCUUCUUCUUGUUCAAUGUAAUAAAUCAGAAGUACGUGCGAAGUUCAAGUUCUCAAUUUUGAAUGCGAAACGAGAAGAGACAAAAGCAAUGGAAUCCCAGAGAGCUUAUCGAUUUGUACAAGGAAAAGACUGGGGCUUCAAAAAGUUCAUUCGGCGGGAUUUCCUUCUCGAUGAAACAAACGGAUUGCUUCCUGGAGAUAGAUUAAGUAUUUUCUGUGAGGUUUCGGUGGUAGCAGAAACAGUGAACGUAACAGGACAGACGAACGUGUCACAACUUUUCAAAGUGCCACCUUGUCGACUUGCCGAUGAUAUGCAGGGACUGUUCGAUAAGAAACAGUUUUCUGAUUUCACGUUGAUCUGCAAAUCUGAUUCCGGAGCACCAUCUCAAACUUUUUACAUUCACAAAGCGAUUUUAUCUGCCCGAUCAAGAGUUUUCUCUGCUAUGUUCGAACAUCACAUGCAAGAGUCUGACACGAAUAUGACGACAGUUGACGAUAUUGAACCAGAGGUUAUGCGUGAACUUCUUGUGUAUAUGUAUACCGGACAAGCGAAAUAUAUAGAACAAAUGGCACAGAGUUUGAUUGCCGCUGCUGAUAAGUAUCAAUUAGAUCGGUUAAAGGUGAUGUGUGAACAAGCAUUAUGUUAUCAACUUACAACCGACAAUGCUUGCUUGACACUGAUGCUCGCAGAUAUGUAUUCGGCAGCACAAUUAAGAGCACAUGCAAUCAAUUUCAUCAACGUCAACGCCACGGAGGUUAUGUCAUCAGAAGGAUGGGAAGACUUGGUACGAGAACAUCCCAAACUGCUGGAAGAAGUUUUCAGGGCUUUGGCAACCCAACAAACGCCGCCGGUCGUUCUUGUCCAGCCGCCAAAGAAGCGACCGAAGCACUGCACCUAUUGA